UUGAUGGAAAACUACACCUACAACAGCUUCACAUUACAGCUGGAGGGGUUCGAUGUUUCAAAGGGUUCUACAUACCCCAUGUUUCUUUUUCUCCUUUUCUCCUACUUGUUUAUAAGUUUUGUAAAUGUUGGUAUUGCCGUUCUGGUUUUCAUAGACAAAAGCCUCCAUCAGCCUAUGUAUCUCCUAUUUUGCAACCUGUCAGUGAAUGAUAUACUUGGAAACUCUAUCAUGGUUCCCCGUUUGCUUGUAGACAUGUUGCGGCCUCCCUCUGAGCGUCUCAUCAGUUAUUAUGAAUGUGUGGUUCAAGCUUUCACCACGCACAUGUUCAGUACCACUGCUCACACAGUGCUCAUGAUUAUGGCCUUUGACAGAUAUGUGGCCAUUUGUAAUCCCUUGCGCUAUUCUUCCAUAAUGACCAACAAAAUGCUGAUGAAGCUAACAGUUUCUGCCUGGGGAGUGGCCUUCGUUUUGGUCGGGAUUCUACUCGGCCUGACCAUACGACUGAACCGAUGUCGGACUUUUAUAAAAAGCCCUUACUGUGACAAUGCUGCACUGUUUAAGCUCUCCUGUGAGAGUGUGUUAAUUAAUAACGUUUAUGGCCUCACUUUCACUGUAGUCCUUUUCACAGGUUCUAUUGGCAGCAUGGUUCUCACCUAUACUAAGAUUACAGUGGUCUGUCUGAUGAGUAAGAACAAGUCUCUGAACAGUAAAGCCCUGAAGACCUGCAGCACUCAUCUGGUUGUGUAUCUGAUCAUGUUGCUCAGUGGAAUGUCUAUCAUCAUUCUGCAUCGCUUCCCCCAGUACUCAGACUACAGAAAACUCGCUGCUAUUCUGUAUCAUAUCAUCCCUGGCAGCCUCAACCCCAUUAUUUAUGGUAUGCAGUCAAAAGAGAUACGGAAUUUUUUGUCUAAUUUGUUUGAAUCCAAGAAGGUUUUGCCAUCAUAA